AGCGCGAAGACAGACGGAGGAGACGAGGCUGUGGCGGCUGCUUCGCGGCGGCCGCCCCAGUGUGCGUCUUCACCCGCGCAUGGACGACCACCUCAGCCUCCUGCAGUCAACCCCGCCCAGCGCCACCCGAACCCUGGUGAACCCGGGCUACACCGAGGCCGACGCCAUGACGGUGGCGGCGUGUGACAACACGCUGGAGGAGUCGGCGGCGCUGCCGGGCCACCACUCCCUGGACCGCUACGAGCCGGACCACGAGUGCUGCGAGCGCGUGGUCAUCAACAUCUCCGGGCUGCGCUUCGAGACCCAGCUCAAGACGCUCUCGCAGUUCCCGGACACGCUGCUGGGGGACCCCAAGAAGCGCAUGAGGUACUUUGACCCGCUCCGCAAUGAGUACUUCUUCGACCGGAACCGACCCAGCUUCGACGCCAUCCUGUAUUACUACCAGUCCGGCGGGCGCAUCAGGAGACCCGUCAACGUGCCCAUCGACAUCUUCUCCGAGGAGAUCCGCUUCUACGAGCUGGGCGAGGAGGCGAUGGAGAAGUUCCGGGAGGACGAGGGCUUCAUCAAGGAGGAGGAGCGCCCGCUGCCGGAGAACGAGUUCCAGAGGCAGGUGUGGCUGCUGUUCGAGUACCCGGAGAGCUCUGGCCCGGCGCGGGGCAUCGCCAUCGUGUCCGUGCUGGUCAUCCUCAUCUCCAUUGUCAUCUUCUGCCUGGAGACGCUGCCAGAGUUCAGGGACGAGAACCGGGACCCGGUGGUGGUCGCCCCGGUGGUGAACGGCACCUUCCCCUACAUGGUCAGCCCCUUCUCUGACCCCUUCUUCGUGGUGGAGACCCUGUGCAUCAUCUGGUUCUCCUUCGAGUUGCUGGUGCGCUUCUUCGCCUGCCCCAGCAAAGCCACCUUCUCCAAGAACAUCAUGAACAUCAUCGACAUCGUGGCCAUCAUCCCCUACUUCAUCACGCUGGGCACGGAGCUGGCGGAGCGCCAGGGGAACGGCCAGCAGGCCAUGUCCCUGGCCAUCCUGCGGGUCAUCAGACUGGUGCGAGUCUUUCGCAUUUUCAAACUCUCGCGUCACUCCAAGGGGCUCCAGAUUCUGGGGCAGACCUUGAAGGCCAGCAUGAGGGAGCUGGGCCUGCUCAUCUUCUUCCUCUUCAUCGGCGUCAUCCUCUUCUCCAGCGCCGUCUACUUCGCCGAGGCGGACGACCCGGAUUCUGGAUUCAACAGCAUCCCGGACGCCUUCUGGUGGGCUGUGGUCACCAUGACCACCGUGGGCUACGGCGACAUGCACCCCGUGACAAUCGGCGGGAAGAUCGUGGGCUCUCUGUGCGCCAUCGCCGGCGUGCUGACCAUCGCCCUCCCGGUGCCCGUCAUCGUCUCCAACUUCAACUACUUCUACCACCGCGAGACGGACGGGGAGGAGCAGGCGCAGUACCUCCACGUGGGGAGCUGCCAGCCGCUGACGGAGGCGGAGGAGCUGAAGAAAGGCCGCUCCUCUUCCUCCCUGAGCAAGAGCGAGUACAUGGUGAUCGAGGAGCACGCCGCCUUCAAGCAGCAGAACAACUCGCAGAACUGUGUCAACAUCAACAAGAAGAUCUUCACCGACGUGUGAGGCGAGACACCUGUUGGCUUCUGGAGAAGCAGCAGGUGAAGCUGCUCCCUGAAGACGCACGGAGCUGACUGUGUUAGUCGUCGUGAGUUGAUGGUGUUAUAUUCCAACAUUUAAAUACUGUAUGUGUCCGUGCGCCUCCAAAACAGUCACCCUGCCGCCAUCUUUACCACUGGACAGUGUAAACACACGUGAUGCGGGGAAAGUCGGCACCAGACUGCUCUCACAAAGAGCCCGCUGGGAUGCAAUCUCCAUGGUGACGCUGGUUUCCCCGGUAACCGCGUUGCCAUGGCACCCUUGUUUCCACAGUUACCUCCCCGAUGGCGCGGGAGCCACAUCGGAAGGUUUAGCAUCUGAUGCUUGUUGUUCGUGCGCAGUCCGAGGAUGACCCUUCCCCAGCCUGGACCCCAGAACACUGCCGGCCCACAGGAGGGAGGAGAGGCGCCGCGGAGGAACCAUGAAUGGAGGCGCGUCGUGUCUGGAGUGGAGUUCUGCAAACGCCCAGAAGAGGCCGCUCUACACCCACGAUGGCGCUGCUGGGAUGGUCCGUGUGGAUAUGGUGGAUGGUCAUGUGACCUCCGUCUCCAUGGACGCUCUGCUCUUCCUGUUGGGCCACCCUCUUUUCUACACUGCCAACCCGGACCUAAGCGACGCCGCGUGCCUAAGAGUCUACGGAAGGCUUCAGGGAAGUCAGGAGCAACGGGUUCUGUGACGCAGCGGAGACCCAAGGACCCGCCACGGAGCACGCCAGAAGACCUUGUCCUGGUCCUUCGGUCAAGCACUGUUCCAACCUCCAGCCAGGUGGAGUGAGGGGCUUCCAGGAUCAUCUCUGUCCUUCAGCAGAGCAGCAGCCCAAGUCAGGCCUGACUCGCCCCUCCAGAGUUCACGCCCAUUUGUGAUGUCACCUGCCAACGCUACGGACUUUCACUUCCUGUUACACCUUGCUUUUGAGCUGAGGGGGCAGGGGGACCCAGAGACUUUCAUGGAUCCAAUCGGGUUUAUGUGCUGAGCGUUUGUCAGUCCGUUUCUUUGUCUUCAUUGUGUCACAGACAGCUAGUUCUAGUGACUCGCGUCAAAGAUGGGGUGACGACCACGUGACCAGGCGGACUUCAGAAUGUCGAUCUGUUAGCUUCUCCUUGCUAAUGUGGGGGACGCGCCCCACAGAUCAGGUAGCUCUUUUUAUCGCAGACAAGUCAGUAUUUACGCCGACCAGACAAAACUGCCAACCACGAGUGGAAAAACUGUGAUGUAGCCCAGACUGUUAGCCUUAUGCCUUGUUAGCUGGGUGUGCUCUGCCGUCGCUAACACCCUUCUCUCUGUGUAUUGUUGCUGCGACCCGACCCCACACUGCAGGGCAGUCGCCAGCCCGACAUGGUGGCGGGACGCUCGCGUGUCUGUAUCUGUCGUCUGUCAUUCUGUGCCGUCAAAAACAAGUACGAAACCAAGU